AUGGAUCGGACAGCGGGCAAGGACCUCGCCCUGGCGCCGCUGCAGGACUGGGGCGAGGAGACCGAGGAAGGAGCGGUGUUCAGCGUGUCCUUACGUCGGCAGCUCAGUCAGCGCUCGAGCCCGAGGGAAGGGCCUGGGCGCAGCCAGGCCUCCAGCCCCGCUGCGGACGCCUUCCUCCAUUACCGCACGAGCAAGGUGCGGGCGCUGAGGGCCGCGAGGCUGGAGCGGCUGGUGGGGGAAUUGGUGUCUGGAGACCACGAGCAGGACCCGGGCUUCGUGCCUGCCUUCCUGGCCACCCACAGGGCCUUUGUAUCCACUGCCCGUGUGCUGGGCCUUCUCCUGCCACCACCGCCACCGCCCCUGCCUCCAGGGACAGAGAUCAAGGAGACAGAGGCAGGAGGUCUGCCCGUCAACAAGAACUUAAGGGCUGUGGUGUCCGUGCUGGGCUCCUGGCUGCGGGAUCACCCUCAGGAUUUCCGGGCUCCCCCUGCCCACUCGGACCUAGGCAGCGUCUGCACCUUUCUGGGCUGGGCGGCCCCAGCAGGGCCCGAGGCCUGGGAGGCAGAGAAGCUACUGGGAGAUUUCCUGGAAGAGGACGAGCGAAAGCAGGAAGACGAGGAGCAGCCUGAGGCGUGGACAGGUGAGGAGUGGAUCGUAGCUGGGGGUCAGGCUUGGGGUGUGACCAGCGCCCCCGCCCCGCCCGUCCAGCGCUGCCGCGAACUGCGGAACUUCUCCUCCCUGCGCGCCAUACUGUCAGCCCUGCAGUCUAACCCCAUCUACCGCCUCAAGCGGAGCUGGGGCGCCGUUAGCCGGGAACGGUUAUCCACUUUCAGAAAACUCUCGCAGAUUUUCUCCGAUGAGAACAACCACCUCAGCAGUAGAGAGGUUCUUUCCCAGGAGGAGGCCACCGAGGGCCCCCAAGAGGAGGACCCCCUCCCAGGAAGCCCGCCCCCAAAACUGCCCCCAGGCCCUGUCCCUUACCUUGGCACCUUUCUCACGGACCUGGUUAUGCUGGACACAGCCCUGCCGGACAUGCUGGAGGGGGAUCUCAUCAACUUUGAGAAGAGGAGGAAGGAGUGGGAGAUCCUGGCCCACAUCCAGCAGCUGCAGAAGCGCUGUCGGAACUACUGCCUGAGUCCCCGCCCACCCAUCCUGGUGGCCCUGCGUGCCCAGCGCCAGCUCAGCGAGGAGCAGAGCUACCAUGUCUCCCGUGUCAUUGAGCCGCCAGCUGCCUCCUGCCCCAGCUCCCCACGCAUCCGACGGCGCCUCAGCCUCACCAAGCGCCUCAGUGCGAAGCUGUCCCGAGAGAAGGGCUCAUCCCCUGGUGGGAGUCCUGGGGACCCCUCGUCCCCCACCUCCAGUCUUUCCCCAGGGUCCCCACCAUCUAGUCCUAGAACCAGAGACCCUCCUCCUGGCAGUCCCCCGGCCUCUCCAGGGCCCCAGAGCCCCACCACCAAGCUGCCCCUGAGCCCGGACCUGGCAGGCCCCCGGCCCUUGGCUUUGCCUCUGAGCGGCUCUCACAUCUCCUUACCGGGGCAGCAGGGAUCAGAGGCUCGAGUCAUCCGCGUCAGCAUUGACAAUGACCACGGGAACCUGUAUCGGAGCAUCUUGCUCACCAGCCAGGACAAGGCCCCCAGCGUGGUGCAGCGAGCCCUGCAAAAGCACAAUGUGGCCGAGCCCUGGGCCCGUGACUACCAGCUUUUCCAAGUCCUUCCGGGGGACAGGGAGCUGCCGAUUCCUGACAACGCCAAUGUCUUCUAUGCAAUGAGUCCAGCCGCCCCUAGAGACUUUGUGCUGCGGCGGAAGGACGGGGCCCGGCACACAGCUACCAUCUCCUCGACCUGA